AGGAGCUGCCACUUCCUGGAGGCGCCGGCCGGGGCCGCUCUCUGCACUUAGAUCCGGAGCCGGGAGCCCGCGGCCGCCGCCAUGUCCCAUCAGACCGGCAUCCAAGCAAGUGAAGAUGUUAAAGAUAUCUUUGCAAGAGCAAGAAAUGGAAAAUACAGGCUUCUAAAAAUAUCUAUUGAAAAUGAGAAACUUGUGAUUGGCUCAUGUAGUCAGCCUUCAGAUUCCUGGGAUAAGGAUUAUGAUACCUUGGUUUUACCCCUACUGGAGGACAAACAACCGUGCUAUAUACUAUUCAGGUUAGAUUCUCAGAAUGCCCAGGGAUAUGAAUGGAUAUUCAUUGCUUGGUCUCCAGAUCAUUCUCAUGUUCGGCAAAAAAUGCUGUACGCAGCAACAAGAGCAACUCUGAAAAAGGAGUUUGGAGGCGGCCACAUUAAAGAUGAGGUGUUCGGGACAGUAAAGGAAGAUGUAUCAUUACAUGGAUAUAAAAAAUACUUACUCUCACAAUCAUCUCCCGCCCCAUUGACUGCAGCUGAGGAAGAAUUACGACAAAUUAAAAUUAAUGAGGUACAAACUGAUGUGGGUGUGGACACUAAGCAUCAAACACUACAAGGAGUAGCAUUUCCGAUUUCUCGAGAAGCUUUCCAGGCUUUGGAAAAAUUAAGUAACAGACAGCUCAACUAUGUGCAAUUGGAAAUAGAUAUAAAAAAUGAAAUUAUAAUUUUGGCCAGUACAACAAAUACAGAGCUAAAAGAUUUGCCAAAGAGGAUUCCCAAGGAUUCAGCACGUUACCAUUUCUUUCUGUAUAAACAUUCCCAUGAAGGAGACUAUUUGGAGUCCAUAGUUUUUAUCUACUCAAUGCCUGGAUACACAUGUAGUAUAAGAGAACGGAUGCUGUAUUCUAGCUGCAAGAGCCCUCUGCUAGAAAUUGUAGAAAGACAGUUACAAAUGGAUGUCAUUAGAAAGAUCGAGAUAGACAAUGGGGAUGAGUUGACAGCAGAUUUCCUUUAUGAAGAAGUACACCCAAAGCAGCACGCACAUAAGCAAAGUUUUGCAAAACCCAAAGGUCCUGCAGGAAAGAGAGGAAUUCGAAGACUUAUUAGAGGUCCGGCUGAAAGUGAAGCCACUGCUGAUUAAAAUCAUUAUAUUAAACAUUA